AUGAGUGAACCUAAUUCUCGUUCUGCGUCAUUGUCUUCUGAUUCUCGGGCGGUUGCCCCUUCUCAUAGAACUGAUUCAAAUCAUCCUGUUGUGCCAGUCACCAGUGAACUGGCAGUGGUCUUGUCUAAGUUAGGUGACGAGACUGCAGUCAAAGGGCGGUUGCCCCAAUCCACAGAUCUGUUCGGUUGUGCCUACUCGUACUUUCAAUCGGCUGCUUCGCGUACGCCAGCUGCUCCUGCUCCCCCGCCGCGCACUUCCGCAGAGGCGAUCGAACUCCCUCGUUUGGCAAUUGACGCCACCACUUCAUGGCCUCCUCGUGCAAUUAUGGCUCCGGUGAACGUGUUAGCACUGACCGAUUCUGAUCGCCUUUUCGUUGCGCAGAUCCCCAUAAGGGUAAAUAAUAUUCACGUUUUGGCAUUGGUGGACACGGAAAACUCGGGCACGAACCCCCACUCGCUUCCAACCGUAAUGGACUGCACUCCGCCGGAUCCAACGCCGGCUGAUACAGGUACGUCCACUUCUUCUUCUGUACCGGGUUCCGGUCAAAACAUAGACUUGAUUACUGUUGAUGGGCGUCCUAUGGAUCCCUCGGUUGAAGACGCUUCGCGAUCUCCCGAGCCAGAGGCGCCUGUCGUACCCAAUGAGCCAGUUUCAGAUAUGACUACUUCGGCUCACACCGAGAGCUCUACCACUGAGGAGAGUACCUCAUCGAGCGGCAGUUCUUCGUCGUCGUCAAGCUCGACUUCUCGAGGGCUUGACCUGUCAGAAGAAGCCCUCCUGGCUUCUGACAACGAGAAUGACGAGCCGAUGGACGAGACCGUCGCGUCUACUCUCGCGCAGUCGAUGGAAGACCUCUCCCUAAGGGCCAAUGGUGCUGGUCCAAGUGGCGCCAAUGCCAGUUCCCGGGGCGCUGGUGGUUCUCGUGGUGGUUCUCGCGGUGGGCCUCGCGGUAAUGGUACCUCUUCCCGGGGCAUCAAUAAGGGUGGUCGAGGCCGUCGCCACGCCAGGCGCGGCCGCUCACAGGCUCCACGGCGGCACACUCCACCUGGGCGCCAGUCGGUUCCCCAAUUGCCGAGGGCAAAUCCGCCUAACUAUACCAACUACCUGGCGGACUACCAUCCUUGGGGUCGCCUUGUCAAUCCGCGCCCUCGGCAAAUGGUAACUUACGGGUACAACCGGGUCACCAAUGAGGUGCCCGUGGGCACGUAUAAGCACCUCCCGGACGCGGGCUACAUGAGCUCCAAAUUCGCGCGGUAUGGGACCGAUAGUACGAUCGCCCACCUUCUCGAUGGGACGUAUGCUGAUGAAGAUACCAGCUCUCUGCCGCUCAAUACUGACGAUCUGCUCUCCUUCAUCCUGAGCAACAUGAACUCGGAGGCUGGCUGGUGCGUGCAGCGUCCCGUCGCGUUGCACGCAGUGGGGCAUGGCAGCAUAGCUCGCGCUAAGGUCGUUCGCGUGGAGGUACUAAGCGGUCAGCAUGCGCUGAAGGUCUAUAUUGAGGCGUUCACAUGGUCUCACCAGAGCAUCUGCGGCGCGGUCGUACAGCACGGUCGCCAUUCUGGGGUGGUCACCUUUGUGGACAUGGACGUGCGGCUCGGCAGGCAGACCACCCGGGCCAACCCCAUCUAUGAGGCCAUAUCCCACAUGCACAUCUAUGCGGACCUUCCCCCCACUUCCGUGGCCAGUCGGAUAGUAGACGCGGUGUACGGCCUCCCCCAGGCUGCUCAACAAGCGCUCCCGGAGGCGCAGGACCCCAACAUCGUUGCACCAGCGUUUCAGAUCCGAGGAGCCACGGUGCAUCUCACUGGAGACCAGCAGGAAGCCGUG